UAUUUGUUUUGUCAUUUGUCCACGCUAUAAAAUUCCAUCACGAACUACUGUAAGCGAACUAUAAUAUUAAAUUAUUAUCUUAUCCUUUUUAUUUUUAAAUGUUAUUUUAUUAUUCAUUUCUCAUUCCAGAUAACUGGCCUCAUGGAACAACGAUACGCCACUACCAAAGUCAUUUUAAAACAAAAAUUAAGUGUGAUAAAUAAUAUUGCUUUAACAAAUGAUAUAUUAACUCUUACUAACUCGACACGAAGUUUCAUCUUAGUGACAGCACAUUUUCUUAACACAGCUAAUAACUGCACUCCUGAGCAUGAGAUGGUGACAUUGACAGCACGAAGAAUGUAUCAGGCGCACACAGCUGAUUAUAUAAAAGAAUGCUUUGAAAAUAUUACCGACGAGUUUACAAUAGAAAAGGAUUGCAUCUUAUCAAUUACCACUGAUGGUGGUGCUAACAUGGUUGCUGCAGUGAAGAAAUUUUUGGAAGAUGGAAAAAGAAUUCCUUGCAUGGCGCAUUUGCUGAAUUUAAUAGUGGAUGGCGCAACAAGAGAUAAUGCACCAGUUCUUCAAAUUGCCAAUCGUGUCAAAGCCAUUGUUACAUAUUUUAAACAAUCUGUGAACGCAAUGGACGAUUUGCGAGCAGAACAAGAGGGACAAAAGAAAGAGGGAGAAGUGUUAACACUUAUACAAUCAGUAAGCACAAGGUGGAAUUCUUGUCUUGAUAUGUUGGAAAGAUUCAAUACAUUAUCAGCUAUUGUGGCUAAGAUUUUAGCAACCAGGCGGAAUGCACCUGAUAUGAUAACUUCUUCAGAGUUAAGUGUCAUACGAGAUCUGAUAAUAUUACUUACCCCAUUUAAGCAAGCUACUGAAGAAAUUAGCGGCGAUCAGUACGUGACUUCUAGUUUGGCGAUUCCCAUUGCAAACUUACUUCAGAAAGGACUUGAAGAAGUAAAACCUUUCACCGAAUUUGGUGUUGCUGUUCAGAAGAGUUUGCUAAACUUAGUUAUUGCCAAACUAAACCACCGCGACAUUUACAUCUUGCUAUAG